AAUUUCUGUGUUGUCAAAAACUUUUUUCAAGACAAAUAGAAAAAAAAUGUAAAUUUCGCGACACCCUCGCUAGUUAAGUUCCAGUUUCCGACCAAACCUAAAUAAUGUACAGUUUAAAUUGUUAAAAAAGAAUGAAGAAGUCUGCAUCGUUAAAUGUCCUGCUUGGCGAGGGCGCCCUACAAUCACGAUGGAGACAAAAUGCAGGCGCUAGUUUUAUAAGAAUUAGAAAAAAUAAAUUUCGUAGUCAUUUUAUCUAUAUUAUUGCCCUAAUAUUGCUUGUGCUUAUCGUGUACAUAAUUUUGCCAGCACAACGUAAAUUCACAUCGACAUAUCGUCACGUGGAGACGUCACAAAUUUAUUCAAAUAUUAUUGAUAAUGAGAUAAUUAAUUACAAUCCAGCAUAUCCGCUCACGAAGCCCGUCAUUAAUUCUCAUACGAAGACAACGGCUUAUAAGAUUGCAAUGAUUGCUGAUCUCGAUACAAAUUCGAGGAAGAAAAAGGAUGGAAAUGAAUAUUCAAGUUUUUUAAAGAAGGGAUGGCUGACGGUGACCUCGACACAUUCAACUUUUGAAUUUAAAUGGGAUGAGGAGGAAUCGAAAGAGAUUAAGAGUGGAUAUUCCUUGAAAGGACGUGGCAUGGAACUGUCCGAGCUAGUCACGUUUAACGGUAAAAUCUACACUUUUGAUGACCGAACAGGAAUAGUUUUUCAAGUCAAUAAUGACAACACCGUAGCUCCAUGGAUUAUCCUUACUGAUGGCGAGUCAAUAUCACAAAAAGGCUUCAAAAGUGAGUGGGCAACGAUAAAGAAUCAUCAAAUGUAUAUCGGAAGUAUGGGCAAGGAGUGGACAAAUGCAGGCGGAGAAUUUGAGAAUUAUAAUCCAAUGAUGGUUAAGGUUGUGAGCACAAAAGGUGAAGUUAAGACUCUUAAUUGGGUUAAGAAUUUUAAAGCAAUUAGAUCGGCUGUUGGAAUUGAAUGGCCAGGCUACAUGAUUCAUGAAAGUGGCGCGUGGAGUGACUUUAAUCAAAAGUGGUUCUUUCUACCUCGAAGAUGCUCAACAGCAAAAUAUAACGAGACAAUUGAUGAGUCGAAAGGAUGCAAUUACUUGAUUAUAGCUGAUGACACAUUUACGGACAUCCAAAAAGUUGAAAUUGGUGAUCUUAAGCCAACACGCGGCUAUUCAAGCUUCAAAUUUCUUCCUGAUACUCAUGAUAGUAUUAUUAUAGCACUAAAAACUGAAGAAGUCAGUGGAUCCACUAGCACAUAUGUUACUGUUUUUGAUAUUAAGGGAAAUAUUUUACAUCCGGAUGAGAAGAUUCAUACUGAGUAUAAAUAUGAAGGAUUUGAGUUUAUAUGAAAAUAAAAUUUUGAAUUUUAUAUAAAAUGUUUUUCUAUUGUUAUAAAUAAGAAAAUUAAUAGAGUCAAAAAAUUAAAUGAUUUUAGCAAUUUAAGUGCAUAUUUAUGAUUUAUGAAGCUGAGCAUAAUAAAUUCUGAAAAAAUUACUUUUGGAUAAUUUGUCUCUUU